UAAAAUUAAAGCAUUAUCAAUCCUGUUAUCAAUUACUGAUGACUUAGAAUCUCGCUGCGUUUACUUAGAUGAAUUUGAGUUGAGUUGAAGAUGUAAGAUGAUUAAAUUGGCCAGCAUUUCUGUUUUAGUCGGACUACUGCUUCGCUUAGUCAUAACUUCAGCUAAACUCUUCCCCUGUGAUCGGAUUCAAAAUGGGCGAAUUUGUUACAUUCAGAACAUUACCAUCGAUCUGCUUGAUGACCAUCGAACGAUCCAGUUCCAAGAUGUUCUGCAGUUGAUAAUUGAUUCCUGUUCGAUACCACUGUUCUCGAGAGAUCUUUUCGGGAGUCUGAAGGAAACCAACUUUCUAACGCUUAAAGGAGGUGACAUCCAAGCGAUCAACUUUAGUUCGGAAACUCUGCACUCACUACGGAUUGAUAAAACCGAACUGACAAACCUAACCAUUGCCGCUGUACCCAAUCAUAAUUUGAACACUUUGAUGAUCAAUCGAAAUCCGAUCGUGACACUUCCAAACACCUUUCGUUAUCUGUUUGCGUUAUCGAUUUUAGACCUUUCCCAGAAUCGACUACGUCACAUCAGCCUGGAUUGGUUUCAACAGAUGGACAACCUGUUGAUUCUGGAUGUUUCUCGGAACCAUAUUGCCCGAAUCGACGGCAGCUCAGAUCUCCGGUUGCAUCGCUUGAAAAACUUUUGGGCCAAUCACAAUCAGCUGACGCAAAUACCCUGGUUCCCGAUUGGAUUUCCCAAGUUGGAGCGAGUGCGACUUUCGAACAACUACUGGAGUUGCAACUGGAUAAGAUCGACAAGGCAACAGAUUUGGGAUCGAGAUAUACGACUCUUUGAUGCCGAUGAUGGUGCGUGUAGUGUAAGAAGUGAGGGUGGUCUCUGCUGUUACGACUCGGUUCCGCCGGUGACUGCGCAGGCAAAGUACGAGUUACUAGAGAUUGAUUUUCAUCCGCAGCAGGAGGAGCAUCAGUCACAGCAACAGCAGGAGGAAAUUGUUUUUGAAGUGGCAAGGAUGCAAUCCCGUUCCAGGGAGGAUCAAGAGCUUAUGCAAAAAGAUACCUGUGAGACACUGCACGAAGCUGUCCGAGCAUUGGAAAGGGAGAAGGUGCUCUCGAUUAGAGAGAAAACUGAAAUGGAACAACAAUUUGUGAAAAAAGUGGCAUCUUUACAGGAAAUAUUGAGAGGAGUGAGAGAAGAUUUAGAAGAAUCUGAGAAGGAGGUAUCACGAUAUAGAUUGAAGGAGCGAUUAGAUAUGAUAGCAAGAACAAAUAAUGUAAAGCAGAAUAGAAAAAUACUUUGAAUAUGUGUUUGUCAUUAAAUCUGUUCUAAAAUUUGACAAAAAUAAUCAUAUUUCAAACCAAAAAAAAAGUUCACAAUCAGUAUUUCUAACACCAGCUAUGCCUUGAACACAAAAU